UGCACCUCCCCUCACGCAUGAUCACUCGAGCCCAAACCCAGCUAGAGCGUUGUUGUAUAUUUAUCGAGAAACACUCAGUGCAACAUGAACUUUGCAAGAGCUCAACGAGCGUAUCUCAAGGAGGGUCUAGCCAAAGCAAACGAUCACGAUCAGAGCAGAAGUCCAACGUCAAAGCAUUGUGGUGCUUGUAAUUGGACAUUAGACAGGAAGGAACUGACUAGCAACGCUGUAAUUACGGAUGCGGAUGCACGCGAGGUCAUGUUUCAUCCUGCUGACAGUUUUGGGACGGCUGCAGUGCGAGGUUGUGCUUGUCUGACUCACGGAUUGCACUACUGGGAGAUCGAGAUGGUGAGCAAAUGCUUCGGGACGGACAUGAUGGUAGGGAUUUGUACAGGCGAGUUUCCGUAUCACUCCUUUUUACACAAGUUUGUCAACUUGCUGGGAAUGGACGACAACUCGUGGGGCAUCUCUUACCUCGGACGUUCACAGCACAAUCGACAGUUUCGCAUCUACAUGCCAAGUUUUAAUCAAGGCGACGUCAUCGGUGUUUAUCUCGACAUGGAAAAGGGAACUGUACUUUUUGCAAAGAAUGGUCAAUGGUAUGGUCCACCGCUGAGAGGCGUAAGAGGUAAAUCGGUUUAUCCUAUUUUAUCAUCGACAGCAAAGCGAACCCGCAUGAGGUUGAUUCGCAGCAUCUCUACUGUAUCUUCACUUCAAUCUAUUUGCUACUCUGCAGUAGCAAGAGCAGCCGAGAAAGGUCACUUGCUUGUUCGAGACUUAGCAUUACCGAAUACUGUGAGAACAAAGCUAAACGAGUACUUUCUAUUAUAAAAGUCGUAAAGUCACUAUAAAUUUAGUGCAAAUUGAUAGUAAAACAAUGGCUUAAUUAAUUUAGACUUAUAAAAAUUUCAGAGGUUCUUUACUGUCACUAUAGUAUGCAACUUAGAGAUACGGUAUACUUAUGUAAGCUGCAA